UACCAAAGCACUUCUACGCGGUGGUGGGACAAAUUUUGUAAAAGAAUUUAACCAAAUAUUAACGCAGCAGGAAGCCGGAAAGAUGCAGGCACCAUUUCUGCCAAUUCAUUUAGCAAAGAAAGCUCGAUCUCUUCGGUACCUCAAAAUCUUUGCCUAAUGCCCCAACAACUAGCAAAUUAUUCUGCAUGGAUUACUUCUCCCGUACUACUUCUUGUCACCGUGCUCAUGAACGUGUCAAUGCCGUAGCAGAAGGGAGAAAUGUGACAUCAGUACUGCCAGAAAACACGGGGGACAAAAAGAAUGCAAGCACUAAUUAUGAGGCCAAAGAUCAAGCACAAAGAAUCAACGAUGAUGAUGAUAUGAGUGGCGUGACAGGUUUUGUGGUCGACACAGCGAGACAAUGCGUUACGAAGGCAAUGGACAGGGCGGAGGAUGUUGGAGAGACGGUUAAGGAGGCAAUGGACAGCGCUUUUGACGUAACAAAGGAAACUACUUCGACCCAAAAUAUGAAAGACACAGUUGUCGUGGUGGCCGAUACUAAUGUAGUUGAUACCACCGAGUAUAGAAGCAUUCAAGAUGCGGCGAAGCAUGCAUUUGAAGGUGCUAGCUCAUGAUGUUUUUGGUGGUCGUGUUGAAACAUGAAAAUUGCGUUGAUGUUGAUUCUGCAUGAGUCUCAAA